AUGGGCGCCGGCGCAUCAACAGAGCAAGCAAGACCCAUUGAUUGGGAACGGAGAUAUUAUGAUGUCGAUGAAGCGUUCUCCGAACUUGCCGUGAAUAUGGAAAUGUCGGUUUCAUCGGACCUGCAGAAUCAAGCAAGAUUAAAAACGCAGGCCACCGAAUUAAAUAAGCUCAAGGCAGAAAUUGCACGCCUCAAAAAGGUGCAGAGCACAACGGUCUCGCUGGAAACAUGGAAUAGAUUCAAGCAAGAUUUUGCCGAAUUGAAUAACAAGAUAAAUCAGCAACAAAAAGCUAUGGUGGAUUCCGGCUUUAAAUGGAACCAAGAGAGGCAGAACUACCAGAAAGACAUAAAACACCUGAAAUCAUCACUGGCCGUCUUCAAGCAUACCACUGUACCGCAAUUGACCAAGCUCCUCGAAGACGAAAAGAAGCGCAGCGCGACACAACAACAACUGAUGGCUGUUGAGGUUGAAAAAUUCAAAGUCUCAGCCGCCGAAGCAAGACAACAGCUUCAGCAAUCAAAAGCGGAAAUUAAGAAGCUGUCGGAGGAGAUGUAUAAUCGGACAAAAAUCAUUAUCGAAAAUAUUCCAAUGUGUUACGGCCAUGGAGAAGUGAUUGAGCAAAUUUUGUUCAAGGGCGAGCAUCUAAUUUAUUGGGAUGAGAGCCCGGAUAUGAUGUUGCGCCUUCACGGCGAAGAUGUUCAGCGAUGCGUGGCCUAUUUGGAUAGUGUCCAAGCUGCUGAAGUGAAAAGUUCAUUGUAUGAGUCGAAGAAAUUGGAAGUACAGUCGGAAGAUCUGAUUGCCGAACGCCUUGCACCACCAAAGCAGCCAAUAGAAGCUUCGACCCUGGGCCUGCCGGACCCGUCAAAUAACCUAAAUGGCACGAAUCGACGAAUUUUGUGCGUGACAUGGUUGGUAGAGGAAGUCACUGACGCCGAAUUGCUAGUCAUCGACCCAGGCUUGGAGCCAGGAUUUGAAAUGAAAAAUGGGAGACCGCGGACGGAGCGUUUGCAAACCGACCAUGGCAUCAUCGGCUUCAUCUUUUUCGAGGAUACCGAUAAAGCCAAACAGCUGAGCGAGUCUCGACCAGUCUGCCUGCCAUAUCAAUUCAGCUACUACGGGAAGGUGCCGCUAACAAGGGUAGCUCGUCCGACUCGUCGGUAUGCAAAGGCAGGGUUGGUCCCCGACGAGCCGUUGUAUACCGAGAAUCUGCAAUCCUACUACGGGUUCAUCGACAUCGGCACGCCGCCGCAGAGAUUCUACACCGACUUCGACACCGGCUCCAACCGGACGUGGCAGGCAUGCAGCACGUGUACACAGGACAGUUGCGCCAAGCCGGAAAUAGGGAAGUUCGACUGCUCGGCGUCAUCCACGUGCAACAGGACGGACGUGGAAUUUGGAAUACAAUACCAUGACGGCGACUUGGUGCAGGGGCACUUGAUUCACGACCAUUUGUGUAUCGCCGGCUAUCGCACAAAAUCGCCGAUAGCUAUUGGAUGCGCCGACCGAAUGAAGGGAAUGUGGGAUCAGAAAAUGCCCGCAAUCUUCGGCCUCGACAUCCAGGGGAUGCCCGAGUCGGCGUUGCACAGCAUUUUCGAGGAUAAAGAAAACUGCCCGGAGCCCAUCUUUUCCUUCUACAUGAACACCACGCUCGACAAGGAUGGAAAAGGCGCCGGUGAGAUCACGUUCUGCGAAGCGGAUACCGAGCACUAUGAGGGUGAAAUCACAUGGGUACCAGUCGAUCCCUCCCAAAAAGACAGGGCUUGGAUGGUGAUGCCCGAGAAGUUCAUGGCCAAUGGCAAAGAGUUCCCAGGAGAGCUGACGUACAUCGACAGCGGCUCGACGAUUAUGUAUGUGCCGGAUGAGGUCCUGAAGAACUUGGACCUACCUGCCGAGCCCUACCCGUGCGCCAACGCCACCGAAUUGCCGGUGAUCUCGAUCUACCUGGGCGGUCGCGAAAUCAAGAUGACCGGGGCUGACUACAGUCGCGAGCUUUCGAGCUCCGGCACCUGCAUCCUCGGCAUCCAGGGCAGCCGCCAGAGCGGGAUGCCCUGGUUCAGCCUCUUUGGGGACAUCUUCAUGCGGAAGAUGUACACCGUGUUCGACUACGGCAACCGGCGCAUCGGGUUCGCCGACUUGAAGACGCCCAAAAAGCCGGCAUGUUCAACAACGACACCGCAUUAC